GUGGCUCUACAACAUGAGCAGGUUAGUGCGGAUUCUGCGGGCUGUUAUGAUAGGAGCGCCUGGCUCCGGCAAGGGUACCAUCUCAGGUCGUUUGGAGAGAGACUUCGGAGUGGUUCAUCUAUCCAGUGGAGAUUUAUUGAGAAACAACGUGUUGAAUAGGACGGAAGUGGGGAGACAAGCGGAGGAGUUUAUUGAUAAGGGAGAUCUUGUUCCUGACGAAUUAAUGGUGAUAUUGGUGGGCAAUGUGCUGGAGGAGCUUCAAGGAAAAGGAUGGCUGCUUGAUGGAUUUCCCAGAACAGUCGCUCAAGCUGAAGCACUCGACACUCGACAAGAUGUCGAUAUCGACAUCGUUAUUAAUCUUGAUGUUCCAUUCUCAACAAUAGUCGAGCGAAUAAAGCAACGUUGGGUUCACACCCCAAGUGGCAGAAUCUACCACACUGAGUUUAAUCCACCCAAAACUCCAGGUCGAGAUGACUUUACUGGUGAGCUGCUGUCUCAACGGGCAGACGAUAGGCCUGAGGCUGUGAUGGAGCGACUUGGUGUAUAUGAUCGACUAACAAAGCCUGUAAUAGAAUAUUAUAGAAGUCAGAGCAAACUCGUUCAAUUCUCUGGAACAGAGAGUAACGUCCUGUGGCCUCACAUCAAAUCACACAUAGACGAAUUCCUCAAAACGAAUAAUUAAUUAAUAUUAGACACAAUGUAUUCUAGUUGAGUUUUAUA